ACAAUUAUCUUCGUUGUUGUCUUUGUAGUGGAGGCUGCAUUGAUCAUCCUUGGAAAUGCCUUCACCAUCUUUGUUUUCUCAGCUCCAACUCGGACAUCGCAUAUAAGAAUAACUUGCUAUCUCUUGAUAAAUCUGGCCUUUGCUGACCUAUUUCUGGGUAUUACAGAGCCCAUAAUUCUAGGGACGAAAAAGUUCCAUGAUAUGAGGGCGACAACGACAAAACCGAGAGGAAUGAACAAGACAAACAUACUGAGGGGAAAAAGAGAAAAUGCUCUACCAGGAGUAUGGAUACCAGGAGCAAUGCAACUUUUUUCAUCAAGUGCAUCGAUGUUUUUUCUCGCCCUGAUUUCCCUCGAGCGCGCUUUUGCUGUGUUAAAACCGUUGCGUCAUCGUGUUGUUAGCACUCGCGUUUACAUCUACAGUAUUGUCGUCGUAUGGACUGUAGGAAUUUUCAUAUUAGGUCUGAUGGCUCUUUCCUUUUAUUACCCAAAGCUGGAGCGGGAGACGGUUGAUAUUGUUGCACAUUUUUGCCUUUUCAUCUCUCUUCUGGUGAUUUGUGCGAGCUACCUCAAAAUACGAACACGAUUGAGCAGCACUGCACCCGAAGUAGCCGCUGUUAAGAGCCGUCAAACUACUGAGCAUAACGCACGACUUUCAAGGACUCUCUUCGCGGUGAUCGCUUUGUCGCUUCUGUUUUGGCUGCCAGCGUUUGCUGUUUACAUAGGUAGGGACUUCUGCCAGACGUGUUUUUACCCAUACGUGAUGUGGACGGUCAAUGUUUUCCAUCUUGCCAAUUCUUUGGUUAAUCCAUUUGUGCAUAGCUUCAGGAUGCCGGUAUUCAAAGAAGCGUUGGAGAAAUUGUCGAGAAGACGAAGGCACGUUAUUGGAACAAGAAAUAUCGAGGCUACAAGUCUGGCUUUGAGUCCAUCUUCUACUUCGAGGAUGAAUCACACCGGUUUCUCGGCUGCCGCAACAUAUGGGGGUUCUCAGUUAAAUCUCUUUACGGAAAGUGGAGAUCAGCUUUUUACAGCGAGUUCACCGAAGCUUUCACCUGCAGUCAGCACUGCUUGCAUUGGUGCAAAACAAGCAAGUACUCCUUCGACAUACAUAGUGACCCGAUUAUAGGCAAAACUCCGAUGACGUCAUUUUUGACAGUGUUGCUCAUUAGAAUACGAGUACAAGGCGUCGCGCAAAUGUACAAAUCAAGUGCAAAAGAUGAUAGAGGUGAUUCAUUUGGACAACUUGUGAAAAGGUUUAACUCUUUGCAAGGAAUAGUAGGACAUCAUCAUAUGCCAAAAGCGUCAAAGAUAUCUAUACGUGUGGCCUUUAUAUACCUCCAUUUAAUUCACCAUAUUUCAGUUUAGAAUUAUUUGAAGAACUUGAAAAUAACAUCGAAAUAUUUUCCUCCAGAGGCUCAAUUCUCCUUAUGGGUGACUUGAACUCUAGAUGAAGAAAGUAUUCCGACAGUGUUUGUAAAGAGGGAAAAAACCUCAUUACAAACGACCAAUCAGAAUUCUCUCUCUGCCCAACGCAGAGAAAUAGUUUUGCUAACGAAUUUAACAGUCACGGUAAAAGGUUCUUUAAAAUUUGUAAAAGUGCAGACCUUGGGAUUCUAAACGGAAGAGUCAGUGGUGAUUCCCUAGGAAGAGUAACGUUUCAUGGCAAAAACGGAGUGAGUGUAGUUGACUAUGCAGUAUGUGACCAGGAUCGUUUAUCACACGUUGCAAAUUUUGUAGUCAAAGAUCCACUGCGUUUGUCAGACCAUAGCCCUAUUACUACUUGGCUGAAUAUUAACCAAAAGAUGAGUUACAAUCGCACCAUACUUGAAGGAGAUACUUGAACCCGUUUACCGAAACAAUUUCUGCUGGAUGCUUUGAGGUCUCCCCGUAUACAAACACUAAUAGGCGAUUAUAUUGCUGGCGACACAUUCAAUGAAAAUACUGAGCUAUCCCUCGAAAAGGUGGAAAACAUUUUAAUCACAACGGCUAAGUGUUGUUUAAAGAUAAGAGAAGGUAAAACGCGUAUGCAAUGCCCGAAAUCGAUGGACGACACUAGAAAAGGAGAGGAUGUUCCAUCAAUCUCGAAUUAAAAUGGGCUACAAUAUUUCCACAAUCUUCAUUCGAAGGAACCUCUUAACCCAGGGCAGCAAAACAUUUGCAAUGAGCUACGACAAAAUGAAUGCCAUGUCAACACGUCCUUUAGAUUUCAUGAUAACUGAAAGAGAAAUACGUAAAGCAGCGGAAAGUUAAAGAAUAAUAAAUCACCAUUUUCGGAUAAAACAAGACGCUGUGGGAGCGUAUAUUUGGGCGUGGUCGUACUACGCGUAUGAUACUUUGAACAUGCCUUAUUGCAGCUAAACAACUGUCAUCAUAUCUUACCAUAGAAGAUAAAUCCUUUACUCUACUUGUUUGCUGAACCCCACAGCUUAUACAGUAUGUCCCAACCCACAACAAUAAUCCUGUCAUUUCAUGACAAUGUUUGAAAAUAUGCAACAUAGGACAUAAGUGGUUACAGCCCGGAGAGUAAGGUUUAUCUCAGCUCCACUGAUACUGACACUUUGAGGAAGAUUGACUGACAGAUUUACCGAAUAACCGCACAGCAGACCACGUCUUCACUCUCCGAACCUUUAUAGACAAGUAUGUUCAUUAUCACAACGAAAAGAUCUAUGGUUGUUUUGUAGAUUUCAAAAAAGCUUUUGACUCGGUCUUGCAUGACGGGCUCUUGAAUAAGCAGCUUAAUUAAAAGCUUAUACAACAACUCUUCCUGCUAAAUUAAAAUUGCCCAAAAACAAACGCGAUCAUUCUGUUAUGGGAGAGGUGUGCGGCAAGGCUGUAUCUUAAGUCCACUGCUUUUUAAUCUUUAUAUUAAAGACCUACCUUUCGCAUUUGAGAAUAUGAUUAUCUGAUCCUUUUGUUUUCCCAAACGGUGCAAAACUCAAUUCUCUAUUAUAUGCAGACUAUUUAAUCAUUUUAUCACGAUCCAAAACAGGACUGCAAAAUUGCCUCGAUAAUCAUUUCCUUCAUUCUGUUCUUCAUGGAUGAUGAAAAUCAAUCCCAAGAAAACAAAUAUUAUGGUUUUUCAGAAACGUGCGAGAAAAAAUGCUGAUUUUCACUUUCUCAUAGAUAGUCAAAUAAUUGAUGUUGUACAUAAGUACACUUACUUUGCAACUCGAAUGUCCUAAUCGGGAAAUUUUUCAGUGUCACGUAAACAUCUCAAGGAGAAAGCUCUUCAUGCCCUUUUCAGCUUGAGACGACACACGAAUCUUAGCAAACUAAAAGCAGCUCUCGCCUGUAAAAUAUUUGAUACUAUGAUCUCCCCUAUUCUAACACAUAACAGUGAAAUUUGAAGUGUGUAUGCCAAACCAGAUUUUAAGAUCUAGACAUGGGACGGCUCACAAAUCGAGAAGGCACACCUUCAAUGUUGUAAACGAUACUUGGAAGUAAACAACAAAACUUCUAAUAUAGCUUGUAGAGCAGGGCUUGGUCGUUUUCCUUUAAAUAUCACUGUCAAUCAAAAAAUUCUCAAAUACAUUUUGUAUAUACAGUCUAAAGAUGAGGAAUCUCUCGUCAAAGACGCUUUUUUAAUGUCAUUCGACUUACACUGUAAUGGCAAAAAUAGCUUCCACUCUCAUUUAAUGAAUAUGUCAGAAUACUUUAAGCUUCCUGACUUUAACCCUGAUUUAUUAGAUAUAGCUAUGGUAAAAAGCUAUUUAAGUUCAGUGAAACAGGGAUAUAUCUCAUAUUGGCAAAACACCCUUCAACAUUCUCAAAAACGUGAAAUUUAUAGAUCUUUUAAAACCGAUCAUACCUCCUCUAGUUACUUAGACUUAACAAGAGGAACAGCUGGGAGAACUACGAAUAAGCAAUCACAAACUAGUGUUAGAAAUAGGGAGAUACAAUCAAACUAAGGCGGAUAAUAGGCAUUGCCCUUUUUGUGGAUGCAAUGUAAUAGAAAACGAAUUUCACUUUCUUUUUCAGUGUCCUACAUACUCGAUAAUUAGGAAUAAAUUUUACUAUAAAGUCAAGACUCUGAUUCAAAUAUUACCCAGUUACCUAUAUACGGUUUGACCAAUGAACUGAUGAACUCUUCUAAUUACUUUAUCAAUAUACAAUUCAUAAAAUAUAUUUCAGCUUGUUUUGAUGUUCGUGACAAAUUAUUAUCAAAGUAACGUAAUUGCCCUGUGUUGUAAUUUUGAUUCCUAAACAUAGCUUUUACAAUAGACCUAUUCGGCUAACUCAAUGUUGUACCCAAUUCAAAUCUCCCGGGGUUAAGAUUCUUUGUGUAUUGUAUUUGCAUCAUAAUGUGGCAUUUACAUUUAAAUGAUAUGGAAAUUCCUGAAACAAAACGUUUUAUUCCCAAAAGGUUUGAAUUGGGUACAACAUUGAGUUAGCCGAAUAGGUCUAUACUGUAUGUGUUUGUAUCGUCAUGCAAAGAAAGCUCGUUGUUGUUGUAAGGUUGGUUAGGCGGUCACAGAAAAAGUUAUAACUUUUACAGCUACUGGUUUGGAAUUAAUUGUAAUUUCUAUUGUAAUUGGGUUUGGGACUAUUGUAAUUGCCAAAAUUAAGCACGCAAAUUUCGUAACGAAAUUAUCAGAAGACGAAGUUUUUAAAAUGCUAGUUGUUUUGAAAUUAUGCAAAUUUGUGACACUUUAAUUGAAUGUUUUUUGUUUGAAUGUUUAAUUUAUAGUAAAUUUGACAGUUGCGUGUUUGCAUUUUUCCACAUUGUGAUUUUCAAUGCUUAAUUCUUUCAACGAUUAAAAACUAUUCAUUACUAGUAAAACUCAAUCAACACAUAAAGCAGUUACAAAUGGAUAGAUUUGGCGAAAGCAAUGAUCAGCAUCGUCAUGAAUAAGUAAGUUACAGCUGAAGUUAUCAACUCUGCUGUUUUGUUCGCAAGUGCGGCAAAGUUACUGCAUGUUAAACCAAACGGAAAUUGAGUUUUUCUUCCUCAACAAUAUAAUAAAGAAAUUAUUUAAUAAAAAAGUCAAUAAGGCGCGGUUGUUUGAACGAAUUUAAGGUUCUAAGGUUUUCUCGAUCAUUUCAUGCCCGAUUGGCUUAUCAGAACAGGACCUUCAAUGGUUUAUGGAAGGAAGGUGAGUACCCUAAUACAGACAAGAAACCUUCUGGAUAUACCUGUAAGAAAAGAGUUCAAACCCGCCAUCAGAGUGGUUUAGAUGUCCUUAAAGUCUCUUGCCCUAGCAUAUCACUGAGUUAUUCAAAAAGCGUUGUUUCGAUCGUUCUAAUCAUUGCCUUGAUUCGCCUGUCAUCCAAAAUUAUGAUACUCAAAAUUGAAGGCAAGGCUAAUAGGACAGCUACUUUGGAUGGGUAAUUAAUUUUCCCAAUAUUAGUUUUGCCUAACCGAAAUAUUGGGAAAUUAAAUUACCUAUCAACUAAAAAUUGUUUGGAUGUUAUUCUAUUGCUGAUCCGCCUGAUCUACUUCAAGAUCCGGCUUUCCCUCACGAUACAGUUUGUCCAAGUGGUCCUUGCUGGAAUUGUUCGCUAAAAAUUACUUGGAAGUCAAAAGCACACUUUUAAGAAAAUGUUGUAAGAUGUUUUGAAUGUCAAUGUUAUUACCGAUUUUGUUUACACGGAUAUGAAAAAUAUCAUCUCGGUGAAGGCAAUUUUUUAAAUAUAGAUUAAAUCCUUUAUUUUCAUUGGGGGAGAAAAGGAACAACUGAGUAAACUCAAAUGUAAUCUAUAUGACAUGAUAUCAAUAUAGGAGGCACCUAUCAUUCUCUCUUUAACUUCUUUCUGCUCUGUUGACAGUUGAACUUAAAACUGUUUCUUUGUACCCAUAAGAUUGAAGGGAUAUCACACUAGAUAAAGUGCUACUGGUGCUACAGCGAGCAUUAAGAAGGCUGUUGGUGACUGAGCAAGAUAUUAUUCAUUAGGUCAAACAACCCUUGAAGGCAAUUUUAAUAUACAGUACACGUAUACAACACCGGCAAGUUGCACAGUAUCAAUAUCACCAGCAUCAUCGUUGAAAGGAGACCUCCCCAAAAAGAAAAAAAAACGCGGUUGGGUGUUACAAGCUGGGAGUUAUAAAUACUUUAAUUGACUUGAACUAUAACGUUGCCGAGGUGUAAUAUUCCAAUUAGUCGCAGAUACUUAUGUGAUAGAGUAGGGAAAAUGUUGACAAAAGAUGUGGCGAUCAUCUUUGUUGUUGUCUUUGUAGUGGAGGCUGCAUUGAUCAUCCUUGGAAACGCCUUCACCAUCUUUGUUUUCUUAACUCCGACUCGGACAUCGCAUAUAAGAAGAACUUGUUAUCUCUUGAUAAAUCUCGCCGUUGCUGACUUACUUGUGGGUAUUACAGAGCCCAUAAUUCUGGGGAUGGAAAAGUACCAUCAGAUGACGGCGACAACGUCAAAUCCGAGGGGAAUUAACGAAACAAACCCACUGAGGGGAAAAAGAGAAAAUGGUCUACCAGGAGCAAUGCAACUUUUUGCAUCAAGUGCAUCGGUGUUUUUUCUCGCCCUGAUUUCUCUCGAGCGCGCUUUUGCCGUGUUAAAGCCGUUGCGUCAUCGUGUUGUUAGCACUUGCGUUUACAUCUACAGCAUUGUCGUCGUAUGGGCUGUAGGAAUUCUCAUAUUAGGUCUGAUGGCUCUUUCCUUUUAUUACCCAAAGCUGGCGAGGGAGACUGUUCAUGUUGUUGUACAUUUUUGCCUUUUCAUAUCUUUUGUGAUGAUUUGUGCGAGCUACCUCAAAAUACGAACACGAUUGAGCAGCACUGCACCCGAAGUAGCCGUUGUCAACGGGCGUCAAACUACUGAAUAUAACGUACGACUUUCAAGGACUCUUUUCGUGGUGAUCGCGUUGUCGCUUCUGUUUUGGCUGCCAGCGUUUGCUGUUUACAUAGGUAGGGACAUCUGCAAGAGGUGUUUUCACCCAUACGUGGUAUGGACGGUCAAUGUUUUCCAUCUUGCCAAUUCUUUAGUUAAUCCAUUCGUGUAUAGCUUUAGGAUGCCGGCAUUCAAAGAAGCGUUGGAGAAAUUGUCGAGAAGACGAAGGCACGUUAUUGGAACAAGAAAU